CUAAUUUCUUCACUUAACACACAUAGUCUUCACUCACUCUAACAUCUUCUUUGGUAGGUGAGAAUUGAGGAUUGAGAUUUGAGAUUAUAUUUGGUCGCAAGAAAUUAAAAAAAAAAAAAAAAACUUUGGUACGUAUAAAAACCUCACACUCCUCUUUUUUUUCUUCAUUCAUCUUUUUUCUUUCUCAAAAAUCAAAAUUGUCAAAAUUUGAUCUUAGUUUCCCCCAGUUUCUCUUUCAUUUUCGUUUUUGUUAUGCAUCAAUUAAGCAAUUGAUUCAAUUUCUAAACACUACUCUGUGCCCUAGAAAUGGGGCACCAUAAAAAGCGUACCACCAACACUACGGCCACCACAUCGAAAAAAUCCUCGACAAGUUCGUUGCAUCAAUCGCUAAAACAAUCGUUGGAUUCAUCGGUGGAUAAGUUGGCUGAUGCGUCGGCAGCGAUUAAACAAGAAUGCGAAAAAGCCCUAAAUUCUAUUCGAAGAGGUAAUCAUAAUAAAGCGCUUCGAUUGAUGAAGGAAUCGAGUCAGAAGUAUGAGAAUUCUGCGCUUUUUCAUCGGGUUUAUGGUACAAUUUGUAUGAAAGUUGCUGGGAUUAUUGAUGAUCCUAAUACUAAACAGCGUCAUUUAAGAAAUGCGGUUGAAUCGGCGCGAAAGGCGUCUGUUUUAUCACCGGACUCGAUUGAGUUUGCUCAUUUUUAUGCAAGUUUGUUGUUUGAUACUGCUAAUGAUGGGAAGGAUUAUGAUGGAGUGAUUUCUGAGUGUUAUAGAGCCUUGGCGAUUGAAAAUCCGAUUGAUCCUUUGAAAGAUAACCUAAAUAAUCAGCAAUUGGAGGAGAGUUCACCGGCGCUUUCAACACCUGAAGAGCGGAUAGCGCAGGUGAAAGGAGAGCUUGAAGGACUUAUUAACAAGUCGAAUAUAGCUUCGAUUUCUACAUGGAUGAAGAAUUUGGGAGGUCCACCAGGGGAGGAGAAGUUUAGGUUGAUUCCUUUGAGGAGGCUUUCAGAGGAUCCAUUGGAUUCUAGAUACUUUUCUACGAGUAAUUCGAACAACCGGAGGCCGAAUGAGAUUAAGAAGGCUACUAAGACGCCUGAGGAGAGGAGGAAAGAGAUUGAGGUCAGGGUUGCUGCUGCUAGGUUGUUGCAGCAGAAAUCUGAGCAGGGGGAGAAUUCUGAAGAGGAUAAAAAUGGCGGUGGUUCGCAGUCUAGUAACUCGUUUUCUGGGAGUGGUUCGAGUAAGAUUGGUGAAAGGAGAAGGCCUGGGAUUGAUAAGAGGCAUUCCAGCUUUCGUGAGCGAAAAGAUCAGGUGAGGUCAUUUUGGAACUCAAUGAGUAAUGAAAUGAAAAGGAGUUUGCUGAAUGUUGGAAUUAGUGAUCUUAGGGCACAUUUUAGUGGGUUGUCGAAUAAAGAUGGGGUGCAAGCUUGUGAGAUUUUGUCUGAGGCUUUACAGUUCGUGGAAACGACUAACUCAUGGAAGUUUUGGGCGUGUUGUCGUUGUGGGGAGAAGUUUUCGCUGCCUGAUGCUCUUGUACAGCAUGUGUUUCAAGAGCAUAUGGGGAACCUAUUGCAGAAAGUCCAGUCUGCUGUGCCUCAGGCUGUUAGUAAUGAGUGGGCUGAAAUGCUUGUUACUUGUUCUUGGAAACCCUUGGAUUUGACUGCGUCUGUAAGAAUGCUUGAAGAUCAGUUAAAAUCUGAGGACUCUGAGUUUUCUGGCAGGAAGAUCAAUGAGGAAACUAAUAAUGGUUCCAGUGACAGUUUUGGCUCUGAGGAGUUUUUUCCAGAGAAGAAGAUCCUGGCUGAUGAUUGUAAUGGUGGUUUAUGGGAGAGUAAAGGGGAAGAUGGAGAUUUUAAAAUCAAAUGUAAAACAUGUGAUAAAAAUGAAGGUGCAGAGUUGUAUACUCUCGGGAAUAGCUGGCCUUUGUCGGAUGAUAUUGAGCGAGCGAAGUUACUUGAGAAGGUCAGCUCUUUGUUUCACUUGCUGGUUAGGCACAAAUGUCUUGCUAUGACUCACCUGGAGAAGGUGAUGCAUUUUACCAUGGAGGAGUUACACGGUGUUUAUCCUGGAACACAGAUUCUGAGCUCUGGUGUGGACAAGACUCCUCUAUGCAUUUGCUUUUUAGGAACUUCUCAGCUUGAGAAGAUAAUCAAGUUUCUACAGGAGGUGUCUCGUGCAUGUGGUGUGGUUAGAUAUCCUGAGAAACUGACUCCGGCUGAGGCCAAUAGCCACUCUGAAAAUUCUGACUGUGAAGAAACAAUCUUGCUUGACAAAGAUGCAUCGUCCCUGUUACUGGAUGAAAGAUUAUUGGAUUCUGAAGGCACAAGAACUGAUGUGGGUUCAGGAUAUUCUGUUGGUGUCUCUGAGAAGGGUGUUCAACCUUGUUCUGAUUCUUUUCUGUCCUGGAUAUACGGUGGAUCUUCUUGUGGAGAACAGUUAGUGUCUUGGUGUAGGCUCAAAGAUGAAAAGUUACAGCAAGGUACAGAAUUACUGCAGAUGCUUGAGAAGGAAUUUCAACAUCUUCAGAACCUAUGUGAAAGGAAAUACGAGCAUAUAGGUUUUGAAGAAGCAUUGCAGGGAAUGGAAGAGCUGUGUGUGGAAGAAAGCAAGAACAGGGAACACAUUACUGAAUUUUCUUACCGUAGCUAUGAUUCAAUCCUCAGGAAGCACAGAGAUGAGCUUGCUGAUGGCGACACCGAACACUUGUUUGUCAGCAAUGGGUUGGAGGAUACUGCCAUCUCAGUUGUUUUAAAGGAAGCUGAAACUCUCAGGGCUAAUGAUGCCUAUACUUCACGUAUGUGUGACCCCGAAGCUGGUGAAGAUGAGUGGAGAUCGAAGGAUUAUCUACAUUCAAUGGACACUUACAUUGAUCUUGCUAUACGAGGACAAAAGGAACAAAUGUCUUUAGAGCUGUGCAAAAUUGAUGCAAGAAUAUUGCGGAAUGUUGCCAGCAUGCAGCAAUUGGAGCUCAAGCUUGAACCUGUUUCUGCUCUUGAUUAUCGUUUUAUAUUAUUGCCCCUUGUGAAGUCAUUCAUGCGGGCACACUUGGAAGAUCUUGCAGAAAAAGAUGCCACAGUGAAAUCUGACGCAGCAAGAGAAGCAUUUUUAGCAGAACUUGCUCUUGAUUCUAAGAAAGGUGCUGGAAAUGGAAGUGAUAGCUCAAGAUCAAUGCAAGAUAAAAUGAAGGACAAGAAAAAAAAUAAAGACUUCAGGAGACACAAGGAUAUAAAGGCUAGAAGCUUUAAUGGGCUGCUUGAGCAUUCUGAACAAUUUUCUAUUGUAGUUGCCUCUGAAAGUGAUCAUUUAGAUUCCGACGUAGUGGCUUCAGAAAGUGGUGACAACCUGGAGGAGCUUCGAAGAAAGAUUGAGCUUGAGGCAGAGGAAAGAAAGCUAGAAGAAAACCUGGAAAGUCAGAGACAGCUGGAAAACGAGGCAAAACAGAAGCUUCUUGCUGUGCAGCGUAGAAGGAAUGCUGCUGCAGGUUUUCAAGAUACUGAAAAUUGCUUCAAUGAUGUUUCGUUUGAGCAUGGCAUCUCAGGCGCUGUACACUGUAAGCAAGAGCCUUUGUUAUCAAAUAGUGUUUGCACGGAAAAUCUAGAUGGUCUGGAUAGAAACCUGAAAGAGGGCAGUGAUUAUGCUGUUAUUGCAAAUGAUGAGUGUGAUACAAGUGCUACCAGUUUUCUUAAACAAGGCUCAUCUGAUGGAGAAAUUCCAAAUGCAAAUUUUCAAUCUGAACAGCGAACCCGAAGGAAAUGGAAGCGUAGGAGUUCUACAAAACAAUCAGAAGGAAUGUACCAUGUUGUUUCAAAUAGAAAGGAAGAUGUUAAAACUGAAAAUCCAAGUUCUGAUCUAAUGCAACAAGGCCAAGUCUGGAAUCAGGGCGACGGUAUUCAUCACAGUGUUGGAAAUGGUGGGUCAAAAACACUACGACAAUUACAGGCUGAAGAAGAUGAGGAGGAAAGGUUUCAAGCAGACUUGAAGAAGGCUGUACUGCAAAGCCUAGACACUUUCAAAGCUCGUCAGAAGUUUCCUCUAGUUCCCAAUUCAAGGUUUAUAAAACCGUGCUUGCAAAUUGCAGAUAGUUUGGGCACUGAAGCUGCUGAUGUGUCAAGCGUAAAUGUGAAUGAAUUGGAUGUGUUCGGUGCAGGAUUGCAGAAUAAAAUUGGUGAAUACAAUUGUUUUUUAAAUGUGAUCAUCCAGUCGCUGUGGCAUAUAAGACGAUUUCGCGAAGAGUUCUUGAGGAGAUCACCGUCUGAGCACGUUCAUGUGGGAGAUCCUUGUGUUGUUUGUGCAUUAUUUGAGAUCUUAACAGCAUUAAGCGUGGCAUCUGGAAAUGCAAAAAGUGAACCAGUGGCUCCUACUACUUUAAGAAUGGCUUUGAGUAAUUUAUAUCCAGAAAGUAAUUUCUUUCAAGAGGGGCAAAUGAAUGAUGCUUCUGAAGUUCUUGCAGUAAUAUUUGAAUGUUUGCAUCAGUCAUUUACUUCUGGUUACGGUAGCUCUGACUCAUCAGUAGAAAGCACUUGCGUUGGAUCUUGGGAUUGUGUCAGCCCUUCUUGUAUAGCACACACUCUUUUUGGAAUGGACAUUUUUGAACGAAUGAAUUGUUAUCAAUGUGGUUUGGAGUCCAGGCAUCUGAAGUACACUUCAUUCUUUCAUAAUAUCAAUGCCAGUGCCCUGCGAACAAUGAAGGUAAUGUGUCCAGAAAAUUCAUUUGAUGAGCUGCUAAAUUUAGUUGAGAUGAAUUAUCAGCUAGCUUGUGACCUAGAAGGUGGUGGAUGUGGGGAAUCGAAUCAUAUUCAUCACAUCCUUUCAAAUCCUCCUCACAUUUUUACAACAGUUCUUGGUUGGCAAAAUACAUGUGAGAGUGUUGAUGACAUUAAAGCUACCUUGGGAGCAUUGGCUAUCGAGAUAGACAUAAGUGUACUUUACCGCGGUUUAGAUCCUAAGAAUGUGCAUCGUCUGGUUUCUGUGGUUUGUUAUUAUGGUCAACAUUAUCAUUGCUUUGCUUACAGUCAUGACCAGGAGAAAUGGAUAAUGUAUGAUGACAAGACAGUCAAGAUAAUUGGCACUUGGGAGGAUGUCAUUUCUAUGUGCGAAAGAGGUCAUUUACAACCGCAGGUUCUCUUUUAUGAAGCUGGAAUCUAAGUUGAUGGAGGACUAAUUUUCGUAGUUGCAGAUUGGGAGGUGCAAGACAUACUUGCCUACACUUAAAUAAUGUGUGGCUGCAUAUAUUUUAGAGUUUUGGUAUAGGAUCAAUUAUCGCAUUUGGAAAAAGUUCGAUGAUUUAAAUCCUAUUUAUUGCUGGAAAGAUAAAUAUAGAGGAACGUUAUGCGUACAAAGAUCAUCUGACCCAGUAUAAUUUCCUGGACUGAAGCCUUUUGAAAACCGAGAUCAAUGUGCUUGAGACACAGUUUAGUGCUCUGAUGCAGUAUUAUGUGCAGAUGGAGGAGCAUCAGUUAUCUUUGACUCCCGAAAAUGGAAAUGGUUGGUGAAGGUUCAAUAGUUUUUGCUACUAUUUAUAGGUAAUUCCUGGGGAAGUUGGAAGACACGCCUAACUAGCUGGAAUCAACAUUACAGGUACGAUUAUCAACUGCAUUUGAAAGUAUUUUAAAUAGCUAUACAAUAAGAGCAGAUGUAUCUUCAAAAAGUGUGGUUAAUUCUUUUGCCCCCUUCACUCACCUGCACCAACAAAAUAGAGGAUCCUGCUUCCCCCAGAAAAACCGAACUAUGUAGGUGUAAUAGCCGGAAGUUUUUGUAUAGGUGGCAGGUAUGCUGUCGAACUUGUGGUAGUCUAGAGAACAAUCAAUUAGUAUGAAAAUUUUGACGGUGAAAAGAUAGAAUUGGUUCCUUAUGUUUAUUGCUUAGAUUAUAUAGAUUUGUUUUAGUAAAUUUUGCAGUAAAGGGAAAAAAAUUUGCAAAAUGGAUCGAGAAGUUUCCGGUGUUCCUUAAUGCAGCAAAUACGUGUAUUUUGUUUUUCGGGCAUUAGAGUGAUGGAAUGUUGUAGUUUCUAGUGUAGUCAACUUAUUUCGCAGUGAAAGACUUGAGCAAUAUUACGGGUUUUAAAUUGGAGCUUACAUUUAAAGCUAAAUACUAAUGAGGGUUAUUUGUCAUUGUUCAUAGUCAUAAUAUGGUGUAAAUGUGUAGUGUGUAUGAUCCAUAGAUGAUUAUGGGCAACUAUUUGGCAUCUGAUUAUACAAGGUUUACACAGAUAAAUAGUCUUAAUUAUUAAUAUAUAAUUAUUUAUAUAUAAAACUUGAGAAAUAUUUUUGAGUAGUUUUAUUUCGAUAUUCAUGGUUCAAAACUAAACACUCCAAUUUGUGGCCCGCCAAUUGCAUUGUAGAAGUAUUGUCAAUAUUUUUUUCUCAAUCAAUUUUUUUUCUUUUGCUUAUAUAAUCAUAGCAAUUUCUGCAUAUCAACAAAGUGACCCAAAGAUAUGAUGUUAUAGUAAGAGCCAAAUCACUUUAUGUUGAAGAUGAUUCUAAUCACAUUGUAGCAUGUCUCAUUGAGGAAGACAAUGAGAAUGAAAAGGGGUUGAGUGCCUUGAUGAAGGAGCUUUGAGAAAGCCGAGAGAGGGGGCUAGAUCAUAGUGCUCGAACAAUGUGCUCGUUCGAGCAAACAUCAACAUAAUAGUAUGGGACAAUUGUGAAGAGUUUGUUUGCGUGUUGUACUAUUACAAUGGGUUAUAUAAGGAGCUAUUAAAUCAGCUUAGAGUUAGAGUGGAGUAGUCUCGGGGUAAGUAAGAGAGGUUAUAUAACACUAGUGUGAGGUUUGUAUUGUACAUUCCAUCAUUGGAGGUAGUAAAUUGGUGGAUGAGCUUCGAAUGGUGAUAGAUUUCACUAAUGUAUUGUAGAAUUUUAAUGAAAUAUAAUUAUUUUUGAGUGGAAGGGGCGGGUCUAAGACACAAAUUAUAUUGUUGUAUGUGAUUUGUUCAUUCAAAGCUUUAAUCUUUUUGUUGGUGUGUGCGUCUGUUUUUCUUCAUCCUUUUAUACAUUUUCUCAUCUUUCUAUUCAAUCCAUACAAAUGGAUACAAGACUUGCUAAAAACAAAUAUAUAUGCCGCAUCACCAUUCAUGAGCUUUGCUUAAUGUGUAAGUUGACAUAAUUAUGGACAAAUAAGCAUUGUUUACUUUUAAUAAAGAAGAUGUGGCAUAUGAAAUUAUUAGCAAGCUCAAUUAUAAAAAAUGCAGCCAAUAUACAAAUUCAAGAACAAAGUAUCAAGCUUUAUAACCCAAAUCCCACAGACGAAUUAAUAUAAUUAGAAAAACCAAAGCCACUUGAAAUCUUUAUGCAAUCGACUUUAUUCCUUCC